AUGAGGAGCUCCCCCAGCGCCGCCGAGCUCCCGCACCAGCCCUCACUCACCUACGGCUCACACGCGCAUCUCGCCUUGCAGCACCCUCCACCGCCUCGAGCAUUGCGCCGCUCAUUCCUCCCUCCCAAACAUCCCGCACCGGCUCACCCGCCCGCCAUGGAUGCCACCUACUACAAACACAAGUGCGAGUCGUACAAGCACCGCAGCGAGCUGCUCAAGCUCGCCGCCGACCGCGCCCAGGACCGCCUCGCCGCGCAGGAGCGCCAGGCCGCCCACCUCACCGACCAGCUCCAGCGCGCGCGGGACCGCCUCGCCGCGGAGAGGCACCACGCCGCCCAGCUGCGCCGGCGGGCCGAGCAGGCGGGCGCGGACGCGGACGCAUACGCCCACGACGCCCGCAGGUACCGCACCGCGCUGGCCGCCGCGUUCAAGCUGGUCGACGAGCUGAGCUCCAAGACCACCUUGAGGGAGCUGCUCGAGCGGACGGACAUUCAGCUGGAGCGGCGGCGGCAGGGGCAGGGGCAGGGGGAGACACCCGUCAAGGGCGGCGUGCCUCGAACGGUGCCGGCCAAGAGCGAGGUGAGCUACGACGUCGGUUCUGGGGCACGGGGCACGGGAUAUGGCACUGGAUACGGCACGCGAUACGGCACGCGAUACGGCACUCGAUACGGCACGGGAUACGGCACGGAAUACGGCACGGGAUACGGCACGGAAUACGGCACGGGAUAUGGCACGGGAUAUGGCACGGGAUACGGCACGGGAUACGGCACGGGAUAUGGCACGGAACAUGGCACGGAACACGGCACGGAACACGGCACGGAAUAUGGCACGGAAUAUGCUUCGGAAUGCGGGCAUACAAGCUGCCCGACGAGCUGA